AUGGCCGGCCCACCGCGCAGCGUGGACCUAAAGCCUUUGCAUUCCUUUAUUGAGGGGAAAAAAAGCCUCAGACGCUGCCUCUCAGUCACGGGAGGAGGUGGUAGGGGAAAGAAAUCCAGCCUCCCAUUGGAAGCCUCUGUCAGUCACGGCUGGGCGGGCGGAACUUCUGGCGCUGUUCCCUGCUCCUGGAAACAGGGAGUGGAGAAGCUUCUCGAUUGGAAGUCGCUGCCGUCAAUCACGGCCGAGCGGGCGGGACUUCCCGCCAAGCCCUCCAGAAUCUCUCUGCUGCCGCCGCAAGCGCCGCUGUCCCGGGGACCACAGAUUGGAAGCAGAGAGUCACUGGUCGUGGACAGGAAGACUCUCUCCGGCCAUCUCAGACUUGGUGUCUCCCGGCUUAACCCUGAGAAGGUUGCUCUGGCGUGCCACCCGGUGGUGACAGCCACCAAGAGUGAACGGAAACUAGAAACAUUGCCACCAACAACUGGAACAGUGACCACACUGAAGUUUCUCUGGCGAGGGGGAAGGGGAGUAAGGAGAAAAAAAAAGGCAAGUGAGCAAGCAAGCCAGCAAGCACAGGAGCACACUCUCGUGGAGGCCCACACCCUCCCUGUGCCUACCCAAGAUGUGUCAGUCAAGAAGAAUCCAGGACUGGAGCUCCAAGCAGCAGCGAAAUGGUUGUACUUUCCCCAGCUGGCCCUAUGGCAGAGGCUAGGCCAGCUGAGCUGCAUGUCCAGACCUGCUCUGAAACUGCGCUCCUGGCUGCUGACCAUCCUCCACUACCUCCUGCCCUUCUGUGUGCUCAGGCCCCUCAGCCAGGUGGGAUGGAGGCCCCUGAGCAGGGUGUUCCUGUAUAAAACUGUGCCAACGUGUUUACUGUCACGUUCCUGUGGUUGCCUCAACCAAGUAGAACUUCCUUACUGGCUCCAGAGGCCAGUCUACAGCCUGUAUAUCUGGACCUUUGGGGUGAACAUGACUGAAGCUGCAGUGGAGGACCUGCACCACUACCGCAACCUCAGCGAGUUCUUCCGGCGUAAGCUGAAGCCUCAGGCACGGCCUGUCUGCGAUUUGCACUGUGUGACCAGCCCAUCAGAUGGCAAGAUCCUUACCUUUGGGCAGGUGAAGAACUCUGAGGUGGAGCAGGUAAAGGGUGUGACCUACUCCUUGGAGUCCUUCCUGGGCCCUCGAGCCAGUACAGAAGACCUGCCCUUCCCUCCAGCUUCCUCCAGUGNCUCCUUCAGAAACCAGCUGGUCCCCCGAGAAGGGAAUGAGCUCUACCACUGUGUCAUCUACCUGGCCCCAGGAGACUACCACUGCUUCCACUCCCCCACUGACUGGACNNUCUCACAUCGGCGCCACUUCCCAGGUUCCCUGAUGUCAAUGAACCCUGGCAUGGCCUGAUGGAUCAAAGAGCUCUUUUGUCAUGAUGAGUCCUAACUGGAGACUGGAAACAUGGGUUCUUCUUGUUAACAGCAGUGGGAGCCACCAAUGUGGGCUCUAUCUGUAUCCACUUUAACUGAGACCUGCACACAAACAGCCCCAGGUACAGCAAGGGCUCCUACACACACCAACAAGGAGGGCAUUCCCAUGUGCAAGGGUGAGCCCCUGGGCGAGUUCAACCUGGGCUCCACCAUUGUGCUCAUCUUCAAGGCACCCAAGGACUUCAACUUGAGGCUGAAGGCAGGACAGAAGAUCUGCUUUGCAGGAGCACUGGGCUCCCUCUAGUCCUCUUGGUUGUGGCUGCCAAGGGAUCUUUCCACACAGGAGCAUGAGGGUCUUCAGCGGAGCCCCAGGAUGUCUAGGUAAGGGGCACUGCGGGGCUGACCUUAUAAGACCUGAAUGAUGUGUUCCUGCCUGUCCAUGGGUGCAGAGGAGAGGUCCUGGGUCUCUCAGGACAGGACCUAGGCCCCUUUCCAGAGUAUGGGUGGGUGUGAUUUGACCCCAAAGUCACUUUCAGGGGUGUUUUAAAAUUUUGUACAAGCCAGAGCCUCCUACCCCUAACUCCUGGCUGUGUACUACCACACCCUCUAGCUGUGCCCCCACCCAUCACAGGGCUCUCUCACUGUGCACAGGGUGAGGUGCCU